AUUUCAUUGACCUGUUAGUGAAAUGUUGUUUGACCUGACCCUGACUUAUAGAAGGAGUCUCCAACUAUAAGCCAAUAAUAGCAGAUGCGAGUAAGCGGAUUUUGGCAGACGACUCAGAUCAGCUAAAACUAAACUGCAGCAAUGGCCUUGAGAAAAUUGGAAAGGCAGAAAAAGGACAUCCUGGAAGAGUUAAAGAAAGAGAAUUCAAUAAAAAUUAUUCUUGAAGGGGAAGCUGGAGUGGGCAAAACAUGGAUGGCAAGAGAGAUAUGUGAAUCUGCAAUCAGUGGAGGCAUAUGCUAUGCGAGUCUCUGGUUAUCUCUCAACAUGAAAUUUGAUGACUGGUUACUUUAUGAGAGCAUAGCUCGUCAGUUAUCUGUGCAUUUCACUUCUGAGGAAUGGGAACAUGAUGAAAACAAUAUGAAUUAUGAGCAGACUCUAGAAAGUUUGAAGCGAAGGAUCUUAACAAAGCUCAAAGCACUGAGAUCAGCAAAUCAAGAUGGAAACAAAUGUCUUAUUCUGAUUUUGGAUGAUGAGGGAAAAAAGAUGAAGGAGGAUUUGAUUUUGCCAAAACUGAAAACUGUAAUUCCUGAGAGCGACCAAAAUAUGUUGAAGGUUGUAAUUUCUAGAAGAAAUGACAAUGGUGGUCAAAUUUCUGAAGAUGCUGGGGCAGUAAUUAAGGUUGAACCCAAUGUUUUUACAAUUGAAUCUCUUUCUGAGGACGAGUCCUUAGCUUUAUUGCGACAUAGUGUUGACAAAAGAGUUGCUGAAGUUUCAGAUUUCGGACAACUUUCUGUAGCUAUUGCCAAAAAGAGCUUCCAUUUGCCUGCUGCAAUCAUCCUUGUAGCAGGAGCCUUAAACUACAUUGGACAACAUGAUUCAAAGAUUUGGACAAUGGAAAGCGCCCUAGAAGAAGCAGCCAAUGACCUAAUUCCACUACUGCAAUGUACAUAUGACAUGUUACCACGCCGUUUGGAUGAUUGUUUUUGGCAUAGCAUGCAAUUGUUCUCCAGAUAUGGUGGUGUGCAUUACAAUGAGUUGAUCACUCACUGGCUAAUAGAAGGCUAUUUAGGCUCUUUUAAUCAUUUGGAGGAGGCUUAUGAUCAUGGACACCAAAUUUUGAUGGAGCUUAUAAAUUGUGGCAUAUUAAAAAUUCAAGAGGAUAAUAUCAUUGUCAUGGAAGGAUUGCUGCUGAAUUUGGUCGAUCGUCGUCAUCGUGGAUUUUUUGGGACAGCCAGUGUGGGACUGGCAAGUGUGCUUGAUGAUGAGAAAUGGAGAGGUCUUGGGAGAGUUACACAGAUUGAUGGGAUUAUAAAAACACUGCUUACUGGUAAAAAAGGGGAUAAUAUUUCUACUAUAGUGAUAGAUGGAAGCCGUCUCUCCAGGGAAGUCCCUCAAACUUUCUUCCAGUACAUGCCUGAACUAGAAGUUCUAGUGCUUUUCAAUCCCAGACUCAACUUGCUGCCCUCAUCUUUAUCUAAAAUGAGCAAUCUAUUUGUGCUUGUUCUGAGGGGCUGUGAUCUACUAGAGGAUGUCAGUUGCAUCAAAGACCUGAAAAAUUUGACAGUUCUUGAGAUAUCCAAUGCUUUCUCCUUGAAAAAAAUCCCAGACAAUCUAUUUGAGCAAAUGUCUCACAUUCGAAGCCUUAACCUAUCUGGACUUAGCAUCAAAUCUUUACCUUCUAUUUCCAACUUGAAAGAACUUCGUUGGCUAAACCUUAGGCAGUGUUCUCGCUUGGAAGAUUUGCCAAAACUUCAGGCUUUUACAAAUCUUGAAGUGCUUGAUCUCUGUAGUGCUACCUCUUUCAAAAGGUUCCAAGACAAAAACUUUGCUCCACUCCAGAAACUUCAGAUCCUUGACCUUUCACAUACUAAAAUUCAACGCCUACCCAUAUUUCAAGAUGCCAAAGUAUUUCCAUAUCUUAGAAACCUCAAGCGGCUAUUAUUAAAUGGUUGUAAUUGCUUAGCUAGACUGCCCAGUCUGAAGCCAUUAUCUGGUCUCCAAAUUCUUGAUCUUUCAGGUGCUGUUAUAUUGAAGGAAAUCAAUGAUGAAUCCUUUGAGAAAAAGGAUGACCUCAAAGUUCUUGAUUUAUCUGGAACUCUUAUAAGUCAAUUGUCUUUUGACAAUUUGAACAUCUGUGAUCUCAAAUUGAAAGGUUGUUCUAACCUGGAAGAGCUGCCUUGUACAGAAACACUCAAACAGCUUGAGUUACUUGAUCUUUCUGAUGCCUGUAAUUUGGUCAGAAUCAAAGACAAAUCCUUUGAACAUCUGAAACUCCUUCGAUGUCUUAAUCUCUCAAAAACAAAAAUUACUUCUUUACCUUCAAUUUCUAACCUUCCUAACCUCCGGAAGCUUUUGCUAAGGGAUUGUUCAUCCAUUAAGAAACUGCAAAACAUUGAAGGACUUGUAAGGCUUGAGGUUCUUGAUCUUUCAGGUUGUAGAUCUUUGACAGUAAUACAGGAGGAAUCCUUUAAGCAGAUGUCUAGACUUCAGACUCUCAACCUGUCUGAAGCUAAAAUUAAGUGUAUACCAUAUCUUUGCAAUCCAAGCAACCUCUUGCAUCUUGUUUUGAGAAACUGCACUAACCUAGAAAAACUUCCACCACUAGAUUCCUUAUCAAAGCUGGAGGUGCUUGAUCUAUCUGGUUCAAGCUCUUUGUCUGAGAUCAAAGCUGAAUCCAUUGAAUGCUUAACAAGCCUUGAAAUUCUUGACCUAUCUAAAGUUAAGGUUGAGGGGACUUUAAGCAUUUCUGGCCUUUCCAACUUAAUCAAUCUCAGGCAACUUUCUCUACAAGAUUGUUUGACCUUAGAAUCAGAGCCACAUCUGGAAGCAUUUACGAAACUUACGGUUCUGGAUCUCUCGGGCACAGCUGUUAGAUCUUUCCCAUCUUUGGACAAACUUAGCCAACUCUGCAAGCUUUUGCUUAGGGGUUGUUCAAGCUUAGAGAAGCUGCCACCUUUGAAAUCACUCAGGUAUCUUCAGGUUCUUGAUUUAUCAGGAACCAGAAUCAAGAAACUUCCUGAUGGGAUUUCAGAGUUGACUUGUUUAACUCAUCUUGAUCUGCCAGACCUGAAAGUCAUUGAAGAAGUUGGUUGGGAGAAUAUAAAUCGCAUUCCAGAGGAGCUAAACUGGGAUCAAUGCAGUAUUUCACAGCCAGUUGAAAUUCAUUCAGAUAAUAAGCAGAAACCUUCCAUACUGGUAAAUGGUACCAAAUUUUUCCAAUUUUUGAAGGAAAAUUCCAAGUUGGGAGAGACAUAUUUGAAGCAGAUUUUUUUCUCAGUCUAUCCUAUGAAUCAAGACACUGAUCCUACUAUUUAUCGCCCCAAUGAUGAACUAAUGAACAAUAUCUACUUCCAGCUUAAGCACUUUUCUCAUCCUAAAGAGCGGGUACAGACUAUGGAAAUUCAUGGAUUUAAUGAAUUUCCUAGUGAUCUUGAGGACAUCCUCAAGGAUGUCGAGUAUGUCUUUUUGGUUGAAAAUGUAUGUAUGACUUCCUUGUCUGAUCUCGGUGGUGGCAACAUGAAGAAGAUGAAGGGCUGUUGGCUAGAAAGAUGUUCAGAAUUGAAGAGCAUUCUUUGCAAUGGAACAGAUGUUGAACUGGGGGAGAAUUUGGAGAUUUUAUGUGUCUCAAACCUCCCUAAAUUGCAAAGUCUAUGCAGUGAGAAGGUGAACUUCAAUAAUCUUCAAGAUCUGCAUAUAGAUUGUUGCACAAUGCUUGAAAGUAUUUGCCCUUUGCCCUCUCAGCUAGAGAAUCUCAAGAUUCUUCAAAUUAAAUUUUGUGAAAGACUCAAGACAGUUUUUACGAGUAACAAGUCAAGCAAAUGCGUUUGCCCACGCUUGCACACAUUGCGUUUGUUAGAACUGCCUGAGUUGACAAGCAUAGGGGCUAUGUUGCCUGCUCUAGAUACUUUUGAUCCUAGGAGAUGCCCAAAGCUGAAGGACUCAAAGGAAAGCCUCAAAAGGGAGACUGAACCUCUGUGAAUUGGAGUUGCACUAGAACAGCCAUCUCUCCAACCUGCAGCUGUGGAGAUAUUUGAACCAAGAAGAUUACAGGAAGUUCCAACAAAAGUUAAAUGGUUCCAGGCAUGCUUCACUUAAGGUUGGUUCUCUAUUUUGCAUUUUCUUACAAUAUUUACAUUGUACCUAAUCUUUAUUGGGGUACAGAGGGAGAGAAUGUAUAUUGUUGCUUAUAUAAUCCGAUUUGUGGAUAUUAAAACAGGAACAAUGGAGAAGACAAACUUGCUUAGAAGAUUUUUCAAAACAUCUAUUAGAAUUUAUCUUGUUAUGUCUUUUCUGUUAAUUAAUAAAUCUGUUAGAUUAGCCA